CGCACGACGCCUAUCGCCCAAAUCAGCUGUCCGCAUGCCCACAAUCUCGAUUUUUGCAGUUAUCCCUCAUUUGUAGACUUGUCACUUUCAAAAAUUUUACGUGUCCGUCAAAAUAAUGCAGUUUUGAUUUAUCUCAUUUAGAAGGAAGAUCAUGUUGCUGUUACCUCGCCUGCGUCUGAUCACAUUUGAUGUCACAGACACUCUGUUAAAAUUUCGCAGGACAAUCCCCGAGCAGUACGGGCAGGUUGGCGCUUUUUACGGGAUUCAAGUGGACCGUGGAAAGCUAGCCGGGAAUUUUAAAAAGCAUUGGGCGCGCAUGAACAAAGAAUAUCCGAAUUUCGGACUGAAAACUUCUAUAGGAUGGGAGGAUUGGUGGAAAAUGCUCGUCAAAGGUACUUUCAACGACUCCAACAUCACCGUCAGCGAUUUUGACGAUAAGAUGUUAGAGGCUGUGGCGUCACACCUGAUCGCAGCCUACAAGACUCCGGCAUGCUGGCAGCACUCGCACGGCGUGCUGGACCUCUUAUCCUACAUAAAAAAUCGUGCCGUUCCGAUGGGAGUCCUCUCGAAUUUCGAUCCUAGGCUAGGAGAGACUUUGAACAACUUGAAACUUAGACAUUACUUCCAGUUCGUUCUAUCCUCGUACGAGGUAGGCGUCGAGAAACCCGAUGGAAAAAUAUUCGAAGAAGCAAUGACAUGGUCUAAACUGAAGAACCUUCACGGGGAUGAGUGUCUUCAUAUCGGUGACAACCCUCGAGCGGACUAUUUGGGCGCCAAAAACGCUGGUUGGCAAGCGGUACUGAUCCUAGACGACAAAAAGCCUGAGACUGUGUUAAAAGCACACCCUGAGAUUGAUCCAGCAGAUGUUUUCCCUAGCUUGUUUGAAUUAGUCAAAUAUCUCAUGGAGAAGUCGAAAAGUGAAGUAGUGUCCUCCCAGGUGUCAAUGACAUAAUAACGUAUAUCUGACAUGUCAUUAUACGCUGUUCUUCUGUUUUUUGAAUAAAGAAAAUCAACGAGAACUCAUUGAGUUAUCCCACGUAAA